AUGGGGGUGCACGAACCCAACAGGCAGGUGGGGGACGGAGGUGGGGACUUGGGAAUCGGCAGCAGUGAGGUGGUGCUUGAUGUGAGGGACCGGUCUGAGAGCCCCCAGCCUAGCUGCUCUGGGUACUUCCCGGAGGAAACAGUGGAUGACGAAAUCCCAGGACCAUCAGCCCCCUGGGUAGAGCCCAGUCCCCAACUUCAGUCCCGUGGCCGGAAGAGGGUCUCGUCAGAUGCGUUCGAGGAAGACUCCGCUCCAGAGCCUGAAGACACGUGGGUGGUAGAAUCACUGUGCGGCUUGAAAAUGAAGUUGAAGAGGCAGAGGGUGUCGUCUGUCCUUCCCGAGCACCACGAGGUGUUCAACAGGCUACUUGAGGAUCCCGUUGUUAAAAGUUUCCUGGCCUGGGACAAGGACCUGAUGGUGUCUGACAAGUAUCUCCUAAGCAUGGUCAUUGCCUACUUUAGCCGGGCUGGUCUCUUCUCCUGGCAGUUCCGGCGGAUUCACUUCUUCAUCGCCCUGUACCUGGCCAAUGACAUGGAGGAGGACAACCAGGCCCCUAAACAAGCCAUCUUCUCGUUCCUCUACGGGAAGAACCGCUCCGAACGCCCCCUGUUUCACAAACUCCGACUUCAGUUCAUCCGCUCCAUGGGCUGGAGGACAAGGGUUUCCCGGGAAGAGUGCGAGGAGAUCCAGGCUUAUGACCCGGAGCACUGGGUGUGGGGGCGCGACCGGGCCCUGCUCCCCUAG